AUGGGCUGUAUUGGCAUUGGUAUCAUAGCUCGUGAUUGCUAUGAUUGUUUUCUAGGGGCCUGUAGUUUUUCCCAACAAUUAGUGGUGGAUCCAAAAGGAGCAGAGGCAAUUGCAGCACUCAAUGCUUUGUUGUUCAGUAAGGAGGCGGUAGGUUUUUUUGAUAUAAUCUUAGAAGGCGAUGCUUUACAGAUUGUUAAAAAGGUUAAUUCAAAUAGUUCUUCUAUGCACAGCUCGGGCCAUUUCAUAGAAGGUAUUAAAGAAGAGCUUGGUACUUUUAGAUCUUUUUCAGUUGUCCACGUACGGAGGGAAGAAAAUUUUGCGACUCACACUCUUGCAAGGGAUGCAACCAUUUCUAGUAAUGAUCUUAGUUGGCUAGAUCGAAGACAUUCCUACAAGUAUUUGUGA